AGGCAGGAGGACGGUCGCCAUCUCUGGGUAAACACUGUAACCAUAUCACGCAGUUGAUAUUGUAGUGUGUGGCUGGAAGCUGGAGCGUACAGUAGCAGAAGGAGCAGCUUCAGCCGCGGCAGAAGGCGGGGGCUAUGCUGCCUGCAGCAGCAGCAGCAGCGACCACAGAGGACAUACGGCGGCUUCAAAGCAGGACUGACGCUUUUGUUUGUCUCCUGCACGUCGAAGCUGUCACUUCACACCUGAAAACGAUCAUUGGUGCGCUUUCUUCUGCCUGGCGUGUUUUUCUUCCUCUCUGUUUUUGAGAGGAUGGGACUCGCACGGUUCCAGUAAAAUGGGAUUUUAAUGGUGCACGUAGCAGCAGCCUGUGCACAGCCGGGGGACCGUAGCUGUAGCAGCGCGCCGGGUGAUGAUCGCCGAAGAAUAAAGCGGUGCAGCCGAAGGUGCGCAACAUCUCGUUUCCAUGGACAACACGUCCAUAAUAACACAGGUUGCAAAUCCGAAAGAGGAGGAGAGCCUCUCAUCGAGUCAAGAUAAAGUCUCCCAGUCCAACAGCAGCCUAAAGAAGCACCGAAGUAGGAGCAUUUUUAGCCCUUUCUUUUGCUGCUUCCGCAACUACAAUGACUACCAUGUGGAGCCACCACCCACCAACAAGACACUUUCUCUGCCUCCUCCUCCAGAAGAAAACGGCAGUCCUCCUAAGUAUGACGAGGUCCAGGUCAUCCCAAUACCCAGUCCUCCAGCCAAGUUCCUUCUGCCUGAGGUCAGUAUAGCUGACUAUGGCAAGAACUGCGUGGUGAUCGACCUGGAUGAAACCCUUGUACACAGCUCCUUUAAGCCCAUCAGCAAUGCAGACUUUAUUGUCCCAGUGGAGAUUGACGGCACUGUUCAUCAGGUGUACGUGUUGAAGAGGCCCCAUGUGGAUGAAUUCCUCCAGAAGAUGGGGGAGUUGUUUGAAUGUGUCCUCUUCACAGCCAGCUUAGCGAAGUACGCUGACCCUGUGGCAGACCUGCUAGACAAGGGGGGGGUGUUUCGUGCUCGGCUCUUCAGGGAAUCUUGUGUUUUUCACAGAGGAAAUUACGUCAAAGACCUUAGCCGGCUAGGACGAGAGCUCCAAAAAGUGAUCAUUGUAGACAACUCGCCUGCCUCAUACAUCUUCCACCCUGAGAAUGCAGUCCCAGUGCAGUCCUGGUUUGAUGACAUGACAGACACAGAGCUGCUGGAUCUAAUGCCUCUGUUUGAGGGUCUCAGUAAAGAGGUGGACGUUUACAGCCCCUUACACACCUUGAGGAACAGGUAGCAAAAAAGACAGUGAACCAUCAGGUAGAAGCCUCACCUGUCUGCCCUGGUCCUGCAGCCCAGCUCCCGUUCUCCAACCAGCAGGGUGGCCAGUCUGAGCAUUUAAGGCAAACUGGUUGUAAUCUGGAGAAAUGACUGUGGAUUCUUGCCAUCUGUUGUCUCUUGGACUCUUUCUACAAGACUCUUACUGACAAAAGAAUAUAUUACUGUAUGUACAUAGUAAAUGUUUCUAUGAGUAAGAUACACAGAAAAUAAUUUUUCUAUCAGAAAGACAGUUUUACUAUUCUAUCAAGAUUCUAUUAAGUAAUAUUUUAGUUACUAACAAUCAAGUUAACAGGUUUUCUUUCUGUUGUUUUUUUUUUUUUUUUUUGGGUUCCAACAACUGUGAUUUACCUUCUCUUACAGAAUGAAGUGCCUUCAUUACUGUGCUGGUUUUGGUUAGUUUUGGUUUUGGGUUAUGAGAAGGAGGGGGUCUACAGAGGCAUUGCUAUUUGUAAAUCUUAAAGCAGAAGGUGGAAAUGAGUCUUUGUAAAAUGAAAAAGUUUAACAUUUAUAACACUAGCCUGGGAGACUUAAGGAGUUUUAUUUCAGUAGCAUUAAAUUGUUAAAUUUGCCAAAAAUGUUUACAGUUCAAUGUGGUCCGUGGCUUAAUUACAAUCUUUGAUCCUUGACAGUGAUGGUAAAUUUCUAACCCCUGAAGAUACAAAUAGCCUGCUUUAAUUUAAGAUAAAAAUCUGUGUCUGUGAUCACUGUCGACUGAUAAAUGUUACAUUUCUGAUGAAUCCUAGAAAUUUAAAAAAGUUAGCUUAGUUUAUAUUGGAUUAUAUUCAUUGAGGCUAAGAGUACUGGGUGAAAUGUAAAGAAAAGCUGUUAAAAUUGUACUGUACAACAUGAUUAAAGUUGCAAGUUUGCACACUG